CAGGCGCUCCAAGCCUCCAACGGCACUAUGGCAGUCAGUGCGUUCGCGCGCAUGGAGCUGCGGUGCCCCAGGGAGCUCGACCCCCGCCCGAGCUGGACCCUCGGCGACGUCCUCACCGAGCUCGACGCUCUCCAAGCCACCCGCCUGGCAGCAACGCCCUCGCCCCUCAAGCAGCCGCCGGAGUGGGCUAGCAGCGCGAGGGAGAAGGCCUUCGUGAUGCGGGUGGAGGAGGACGAUGGUUCCGAAGAGGAAGAAGAUAGCAGCGACGAGGAUGCCCGGGCUAUCGUGACCACCGGAGCGAGGUUCUCAUGCAACGAUCUCGAAUUGAGCAGCUUUGAGGAAUCCGAGGAUGAAUUGGACUGCAGCGGUGCAUCAUACAACCUGAUGGAGAAAAGGAGCAUAGAGAAGAGCGUUCUCCUUGAGCUGGAACGCGAGCACCAACUCAAAAUUCAAGAGGAAGUUAGAAGUAAGCUAUCUUCGUUGGAGGUGUGCCACCAAAAUGAGAUCCAGAGAACAGUUUCUGCAUUUGCUCGCCUUCAGAAAGACGCUGAAUCACGAAAAGAGUUAGAUAGAAGGCUAGAUGUCCUGUUCCAGAGAAGAAUUGCAGAAGUACUGGAUAAACACUUGUCUAUGGUCCAAAGUGACCAUGAACAGAAAUCCCAGAUAUUGGAACGGAGAAUAAAAGAUGAUGCAGCUGUUGAAGAAGCUAAAAGACGGGAGCAAUCAAUGAAGGAUGAAAAAAUAAAGCAGGAAAGGACCCGGCAAGAAGCAGAGGCCAGGCAGAAGGCAGCUGCAAAAUUAGCAGCUGAAGCACAAAAAGCAGCAUAUGAGGCUGCUAAAAAGGAAGCUGCAGAAAAGGAAGCUGCUAAAUCGAGGGCAGAAGUAGUUUCCACAUCUGGCCAAACUUCUCAGAACAAUAUUGAUAUCAAAUCAGAAUUACCAGGGAUCAAAGUCUAUGCCAAUAGUUCUGCAUUAAAAGCGGAAUCGCGGGGGCGUGCAUUACAUGAUCAAGUGCCAUCAAACAUUUACCUCAGCAAGGAUUACAGCCGAUAUGACCGACAAAUUGGAAAGUCUAUUAGUAAACUUAUGCCUACUAUAGACAGUGUCAAAGCCAGGGCCAGUGAGCUUAUUAAAGCUUUAGAUGGACAAGAAUGUCCUCGCCCAAUUGCUUGUCGUUUAUUCGCAGACAAGAUGAUUUCAAUAGUGAAGAGUCGAAAUCCAAAGGACAAAACCUUUGGAAAUUUGGCCUUUGCUUGUGGAUAUGUCAUGCUGCUAGUCACUAACCAGGUACCAGAUGCAAUGGAUUAUCUCCUAGCCGAGUUCCAUAAAGUUUGCAUGUACACAGUUCCGAAACAUCUGCAUGCUUUGAAUGCACAAGCACGGAACACAGAUUACUUCAGGCUUAUUGGCUACCAGGAGGAAGAUGGAAAACUUCAGAGCACUGAGGCAUAUUUGGUAAAUGUUGCUGCAUACGUCAAGCUUUAUGCUGCCAUGAUUCAGACAGAAAUCAAGGGUGUGCGGCAUCCACAUGGCUUAGCUGAGGGAUGGAAAUGGCUUGCAAUGUUCCUCAAUUCUCUCCCAGCCAUCACAGCCACUGCUUGUGCCCUUCAUGCUUUCCUCAAGAUGGCUGGGUUUGCGCUUCACAAGAAAUAUGGAUCCCAAUUCAUGAAAAUUCUGGAUGUCAUAUCACGGCAGUUCAUACCAGCUUUGAAAGAACAAGGCCCGAAAGUUCAGGCAGAGGCUAUCAGUAAUCUACAAAAUUAUCUGGAUGACAAAAAAUAUCUGGAGGAGCCAGAAGGGCAGUACCUUGCCCAGCAGCUGCUAUCAAAAGGGUACAUGUGAAUAUCAACACUGGAUCGGCAUGGAGCUAUCAGCUAUGGUGUAUGGGCGCUGGCCACUUGGUCGUUCAUGAUUAGCAGCAGCAGUUUCUAACUGGUUCGCCAUGUGCUCAGAGAGGCAGUAGUAUUCCGUCGAGGGAGUGUGCUGCACGGUUAUAACUAUGGAGAAGCCCAGGACCGUCUUGAAGAUGAAUACUGUUUUAGAUAGCCUUCAUGUAUGGUCUUGAAAGAUAAUUUUUGAUAUCACGGGUUUCUUAUAUUUUUAUGUGGCACAUGUGAUCUUGAACAUGAAUUAGGAUAAGUGGAGGUCAUGCCAUUUGUUGUAUUGCAUGUGUGUACUGUGAGGGCAAAUGUUCCCUCAGUUUGAAGUCAACGUCAUUCCGAAUGUAAUUCCUUUUUUGCGAAAAAAAAUCUGAAUUUAAUUCAGCUGCGUUGAACAAAUUAUUGUUUGUA